AUGUCUGAGCAGUCGGAAGGGGUGAACAACAACAAAUGGCUGUUGGGCCAGGGCCAGAAUUACACGCAGCUCCACCACCAGCUUCAGCAACAGUGCGGUGGUGGCAGUGGCGGCGGCGGCGGUGGUGGCGGUGGAGGAAACGGAUCUCCGGGAAACAAUUCGCCUGCUCACAAGAUGAACGGCGGCGGUGGCGGCACACACAAUCACAAUCACCACCAUCACCACCACUCGCCGACGUCGCAUCACCAACAGUUCGCUCACCACCCGUUCAGCCUGUUGGGCGCCGCCGGACCGGCCGGCUAUCUGCUCGGUUCCGACUCGCUGAAGGUCACCGGUGGCGGUGCGGGCGGCGGACCAGCCGGGUCCAACCACGUCUUGUUCUGA